AUGGACCUCCACCGCCCCUUCAAGAUGGACAGCCCCUCCUACCUGCCGGCGCCGCUGGCCUCCCCCGCCCUCAUGGUGCUGGCCUCCACCGCCGAGGCCGGCAGGGACGCCUCCGUCCCCUGCCAGGCUCCCCGGCCCUUCGGCGUCCCCGCCUCCGUGGAGAAGGACCUCCACCUGCCCUUCCCCUCGGCCUCCUACACCUUCACCUCCAUGUACCAGCGCCAGGGCCCCAUGUCGGGCACCUUCCCGGCCCGAGACUUCCCGGCCUCCCUGCUCCACCUGCACCCCCAGUUCACCCCUCCGAACCUCGACUGCUCCACCCUGGGCAUGCUCAACCACAGCGGCGUGGGCGCCUUCCGGCCGUUCUCCUCCCCGCAGGAGGAGAGGGAGUCCGGGGGCUACCAGUCGGCUUUCACCCCCGCCAAGAGGCUGAAGAGCUGCUUCCCGGACGUGGAGGGGAAGGAGUUUGACUUUGGCUCCCUCGGAGGCUCCCUGAAGGCCGUGGAGGACUCCGGGAGGAAGCUGUUCUCCAUGUCCGGCCUGCUGUCUGAUGGAGAGGCUUCGUCGAGCCCGGAGGAGCGCAAAGAGCACAGCAAAGUGAAGGCUCUGUACGACGCCCAGGCCCCGGUGUGUCCGGUGUGCCAGGCCAUGCUGCGACCAGGAGAGCUGCAGGAGCACAUGGAGCAGGAGCUCACCAAGCUGGCCCAGCUGCACAUCAGUGGUUCUGCGCUGCAGCACGACCUCCUCAUACGGACUCCGAAGUCUUUGUCGCUUUCUCUGCAUAUCAAGCGUGAAGGAGGUUCUCCGUCUUUGCCUCCUCGACCGGCUGAGGAGGCCCACUCCGACCGGUACCAGACGUUCCUCCGUGUGCGGGCCAACAGACACACCAGACUGAACGUCAGGAUCGGGAAGCUGAAGAGGAGGAAACAGGAGGACGGACAGGAAUCCUCGGCCGACCUGGUGCCGCUGGAGGACGAGUGGAACGAGAGGAGGAGGAUCCAGAUGACGUCUUUAGGCUUCAAAGGUGCCAUGCUGGUGAGCACGACCUCUAAGGAGUGCCGAGACAGCGACGCAGACCUGGACGUGGACGGAGACGACACUCUGGAGUACGGCCGGGCGCAAUACACAGAGACGGAUGUGAUUCCCUGUUCAGGAGAAAGUUCAAAGGAGACGACAGUCAACAGCAGCAGCAGCAGCUUGUUACCUGAUUCCAGAGUAAAUCCAGAUUUCUCCAAGUGGUCAAACGAUGGGAGUCCGUCCACCAGCAGCGGAGAGAAGCAGGACGGCAGCUCAGCCGGACUCCCCAAAACCUGCAAGAACACCGACAUAGACUCGCUCUCGGAGGACUCCACGCCGACGACGCUGGAUGCACUUAAAGCUCGGAUACGAGAUUUGGAGAAACAGCUGUCUAAAGGAGACAGAUUUAAAUGCCUCAUCUGCAUGGACACCUACACGACUCCGCUCACCUCCAUCCAGUGCUGGCACGUCCACUGCGAGGAGUGUUGGCUUCGGACGCUGGGAGCCAAGAAGUUGUGUCCCCAGUGCAACACCAUCACCUCACCUGGAGACCUGAGGCGGGUUUACCUGUGA